AUGUCGGAAGACUCGCUGGAUGAAAUCGAGAUGGAGGUAGAUGUCGAUGAGCCGCUGGAAGAUGACGAGCUUGAGGAAGUACUAGUGGUCGUUUCACCUGUAGAUGUCGAAAGUGCAGCUGGACCAGAAGAAGAAGCGCUGAUAGAGCUGGAAACGAACGAGCUUGAAGCGGUGCUGGUGUAUGCGCUUCCGCUACCACAGUACGAGUACUGCGAGCAGCAGUCGCCAUACUUGCCACCUGAGCAGGUCAUUCCCGCUGGCGAGGCUCCAUACGAGUUUCCACAGCGAGCGUUGGUCGUGACCUUUACCUUCGCGUCAGUAGCAGAAGGUGCUGUCGAUGAAGCUGUUCGGGUCGAGAUAGAAGUACUGCUACGGCUAGAUGUUGUCGAGGUACGCGCUGGUGCGACGACGCCGUUGCAAGUACCGAACGAUGACUGGCAACCAGUUCCGCAGUAG